AUGGUCAGAGACUGCAGACACGAUACAGGAGAUGGUCAGAGACUGCAGACACGAUACAGGAGAUGGUCAGAGACUGCAGACAUGAUACAGGAGAUGGUCAGAGACUGCAGACACGAUACAGGAGAUGGUUAGAGACUGCAGACAUGAUACAGGAGAUGGUCAGAGACUGCAGACAUGAUACAGGAGAUGGUCAGAGACUGCAGACAUGAUACAGGAGAUGGUCAGAGACUGCAGACAUGAUACAGGAGAUGAUCAGAGACUGCAGACAUGAUACAGGAGAUGGUCAGAGACUGCACACAUAAUACAGGGGAUGGUCAGAGACUGAAGACGUGAUACAGGGGAUGGUCAGAGACUGCAGA